AUGAGGAAAGUUUCUGAAGAUGAUGACACUGAAGCUAUUCUUUUAGUUGAUGCUGAAAAUGCAUUCAACAAACUUAAUAGAAAGGCAUUACUGUAGAAUAACAAACAGUUGUGUCCACCCUUCUUUCAGUAUCUCUUCACCACAUACGUACCAAAAGCCUGCUAAGAUGGUGAUAGCUGACUCUACAAAGCAUGACUAUAUUUUCUCAAAUGAAGGCUGCACCCAAGAUGGCGUAAAUGCUAUGGCCCUAUAUGCCUUGGGCAUCAGACCCUUUAUUGAUAACUUCGGGGAGGUAGUUGAUCAAGAGAAGUGUAAGCAGUCAUGGUAA